AUGAACUUGCUACUCUUUUCACGGGUGUCUAGAAUGGUGAAUAACAACCGGAUACAACUUCACUUUCACGAUGAUUGCAGGCACUCAAAUUACUACGCAUUUGGAUGCUGCAUUUUCUAUGGUACGAUGUUCUGGAAGUGCGAGACAGAGAGAUGUAAACACCGUGAGUAUCACAUCAAUACUACCUUCUGAGUGCAACUUUACACGAAUCUCUACUUUCGUCAGCAAUUGGGUUUCUUUUUUUUUUUUCCCUUUUUCCCGAUUUUUUCUAUUUUCUUGUAGUCUUGGUAAGGAUUCUGAGACACCUGACUGCCGAAAAGGUAGUGGCAGAUGGUGGCUCUUAUUAUAGACUGUCGCUCCUAUUGUGAUUGUCGCUUCUAUUGUAAUUUGUUGCUCCUAAUGUGAUUGUCGUUCCUAUUGUUUGCCAGCAUAAUGUGACCCAUAUUAUUCAUCAGCUGUUAUUAUCAUGCCUCUUGAGACAUUCAAAGUAUUUCACAUAAAUUUUGUGAGACCCACGACCGUUCAUGUUAACCAAAAGCCAAACCGUCUUCAUCAACAACUUUGAGAAACCAAAGCAACAUAUCACUAAGAUUCCACACGGGAUGCAGGAUUCGCAUGAAGAAGAUUCGACUCAGCCGCUCACUCAGGACCGAGACCCAUAUACUGUUAUCCGGCGCACCGACGGUAAAGGGCAUGGCAACGCAGGAAUAUAUCUGGUUAAGCACAGCGUGACUAACCAGCUCGCGAUCUGCAAGAUUGUUGACAUUUACGCAGAAUGGUCAGUAAAUGCACACAGAACGGAAUCCAGCAUUCUUUACCGACUAAAAGAUCAUCCAAAUGUUGUUAACAUAAUCGGUCACACCGGCGAACCUAACUUCAAGCUUUACCUUGAAUGUUGCCAGGGCGGAAAUCUUGAGAGGGUGGCUAAAACAUACAGGAGAGUGAGCCAACGGAUCCCAGAAGCAUUCUUAUGGCACGUCGCCGAGAGCCUAGCACGAGCUGUAUGCACUGCACACAUGGGAGUUCUUCCAAAUGACGAAAGCCUAACGCCCCAGAAAGACUGGGAUCCGAUAUAUCAUAAUGAUAUAAUCACAGAGAACGUAUUUAUGACACUUUCUGUAUCAAACCAAGAUAUCUAUCCGCGGAUCGUCCUGGGGGACUUCGGUGGGGGCAAGACAAAUAUUCCAGCUGACGACCUCAACGAGCAUAGGAAUACCAGCAUAAGAGACAUCAUGGGUAUAAUGGAUACGAUCGUACGUCUCUCAGAUGCUUACCCCGGACCCGAAGGACCGAUUUUGCCCGGCUAUCCGUAUUCACUCGAAUUGGCUCAACUGAUUCGCAAAUAUGAGGUCAAUCGUGAGGAUAUAGACAGAGAGACGGGACCGGCAAUCACGCUGCUGAAGGAUAUCUGGGAAGCCCGAACAGCUGUCAGGGCUCGUAUUCCAAUGGGGCCUUUGAUUGAAGAUUUUUCCCGUGAUGGUGUUGGGUCAUGGGUCGAUGAAGAUCAUCAGAUGACAUGGGAUGUGGCUACACGCCAAGCUCCCCGUCAGACGGCAAGAUACUAUCCUACGCCUUCUAUAGCGCUCCAAGCUCAUGUUCAGGACGUUGAAGUCAAGAAGCUAUAUCCCCGACUGGCACUUUUCGAAGCCUUAUCAAAAUUCAAGGAUAAGAACCAGCCAAGAAAACGAUCUUCUGAUCCAAUAUGCGAGGCCAGAAGAAACUUCUUGGACGCAUUCGCGUAUCUUUGCGACAUUAAUACAGGGGGAGACACAGUGACCGCUGCAGCGCUGCAGAAGCUAUCUUCUGGAAACGUUCUCUGGCUGGCCGCAAAUCGUGGGAUACCCCCUCACAUUCUAGAUUAUGCAAGAUUAAUCCUCAAUAAAUUGAUAACGGUGACUGUGGACAAUCAGGCCACUCUUCAGCGUACAAUCUUUGAGCUUGCCUUGGAGAAGUGCAAGCCUCGUCUUGAUUAUUACAAAAGGAUGGCUCAGAAAUACGCGACAAAUUGUGUAUCGCUCCUAAGCGAAAGAAGAGACCAUGAUACUGGUAAGAUGGGGGCUCGUUCGUAUGGUACACAAAUGCUAAUGCUUGAAGUCAAACAUUUACAAGCGAAGUUGAGAGAGUUAUCGGAGCCUCCGCCAUAUUGGACCAUGGAGACUCAUGUUACGUUCUGCUAUGAUAUGAGGAAUUCGGAAUAUCACCAUAUCAAGAGAUACUCUUCUAAUGCUCGUGACGUAUUCGGCAGUUUAGCGCACUUCAUCUGGCGUCUAGGCGAAACGCGCGAGUCGGCGAAAACAGUGGUCGAAGCCAUGAUCACCGUUCCUUCUCUUAGACGAGUCAAUAACAUUCUCGUCGUCAAGGCCCCAAAGAUUAUCAAGAGAACAAUCGAUCCAAGCUGCAUGAGUCCACAUGAAGUCUUACACGAAAUCAUUGACUCGGUUUCUAGUAGCCCAAUACACCACAUGCAUGCGUUCACCAGGCUCCAUGAAUUAGAUUCGCCAAUUCCCGGACCACUUCAUACGCAGAUGACUUCUCGGUCAUCAGUGAAAACAAAAGUGCAUGCCGAGCUGCAGAUCGCGGACCUGUUCAGCAAAACUGGGAACAGGAAAUUUGUCGACGGCGAUAAGUAUAUAGGAUGUAGCAAACCAGCAUGCUACUUCUGCUAUAGUUGGCUUAUUGAACACCCGCAUCGUUUCGUCCCACCGGCUACCCACCACAAGAUCAUUUUGGCUUGUCGAGGACCGUCUGAUAGUCUGAAGAAUCUCGAUCAACAAGAAGCGGAGCUAAUAGUGGACAUGUACUCAAAGAUGAACCAGCAAAUCGGGCAGGAUAUCAUCAACUUUCUUCAAAAUAAUGGACGUAGAAGGUCCCAGCAUAUGUCUCCUGAUGGAUAG